UCCGCCGCCGCCGCCGCUCGGGCCUCGCCCGCCGCUGCUCGCCCCGGCGCGGCCGCCCCCGCGCCGCCGCCGCCUCCUCCGCCGCCGCCGCCGCCUCCUCGGCCGCCCCCGGCCGCCGCCGCCGCCGCCGCCGCCUCCUCCUCCUCCCGCCGCCGCCGCCGCCGCCGCUGCUGCAACAGCCCCCGCGGCCACCAGCCGGCCGCGCUCUCGCGAGAUCUGCCGGAGCGAGGAGAGGGCGCGGGAAGGCGGCAGAGAGCGGCCCCCGCCGCCGGCCGCCCCGGCGAGCACGGCGGCAGUGCCGCGCCCCCGAGCGGCCGCCGCGGGUACUGCAGCUGCGCGCUCCCCCCGCGCACCGGCGCCGCGUCCGGGCCCCGCUCCGGCGGCACCGGCCCCGCCCGGCCCCGCCGCGCCCCGGGGGCAGCCCGCGGGGCCCGGGAGAGCCGCCGGGCUCGUGCUCCCCGCAGCGAACCGUACGGGAGAACGCUCAGCAGCGGGCCCUCCUCCCGGGUGGGAUGCCCGGGAUGCCCGGGUGGGAAAUGUGUUUAUCCGGGGUUGAUGAUGAAGUGAAUUAGUUGGCCUAUGGCGGGGCGCGGGGCUCGGAGGCUCGGGAGCGCAGCGGGA